CCGGGAAUCGAACCCGCAGCCCUCUUGCUGUUGUUUUUUCUUUCAGGUUUAAAUGAAACAAUCAACUACAGAGUUGCUCUCUUCUCUCUCACUUUACUGUGUUACUGUUUCAUUGUGCUGGUAAAUGUUGCUCUCGUUGUGACCAUCAUCUUGGAUAAGAACAUGCAUGAACCAAUGUAUAUUCUAUUGUGCACUUUCUGCAUGAAUGGACUUUAUGGGACAACAGGUUUCUACCCCAAUAUUCUCUGGAAUCUGCUGUCUCCGGUUCAUGUAAUCUCUUAUUCUGGAUGCCUUGUUCAGGCUCUAGUGAUGUACUCAUUUGCUUGCUGUGAUGUGUCUAUUCUUUCAGUCAUGUCAUAUGACAGAUAUGUGGCUAUAUGUCGACCCCUGGAGUAUCACUCUAUUAUGUCAAAGCAGAGAGUGUUACUGUUAGUCUGUUUCUCCUGGUUAACACCUUUUUGCAUUACUGCCAUGAAUGUUAUUCUUACAUCUAGAUUAGAGCUAUGCAGCCCAUAUAUUGACAGACUUUUUUGUAUGAAUUGGGUUAUUGUGAAACUUGCUUGUUUCCCAGCUGAGACUAUCGUCAACAACAUAGUUUCAUUCAUUACAAUAAUCAUUUACUUAUUUCAUGGUUUAUUCAUAGUUUGGUCCUAUGUCUAUGUCCUCAAAACUUGUGUCAAUUCUUUAGAAAACAGAGCAAAGUUCAUGCAGACAUGUGUGCCACAUUUAGCCUCCUUGCUCAUUUUUCUUGUGACCAGACUUUUUGGUGUCUUUAAUACGCGGUUUGGUUCAAAUCUCCCUCCAACCAUUCAAAAUGUUAUUUCAAUAGAACUUCUCAUCAUAUCUCCCAUUAUGAAUCCUCUCGUUUAUGGUUUCAAAUUGACCUUAAUUCGCAACCGAAUUCUAGGGGCUAUUACUUUUAAAAUGAAAUGA